AUGGAUGGGGGAACCGUGGACCUUUUUGAUUAUGCGAACUUGUUACACGAAGAAAUUCAUACCGGCACCCCGCAUUUACUUCGGGGUUCUGCAAUCAUUACCAUUAAUGAGGAGUUAGAAAAAUGGUUAGCGGAGGAGGCAGAAAAAUCAGAAACGAAACGAUUAUCUACCGAGUUGGGAAAAAUCAAUCAGCAGUUAAUUAGUUGGGAGAAAGAGGAAAAAGAGUUAGUAGAAAGCGAGUUAAAUUCUGAGGAAGUAAAAUUAACGACAUGCCAAGGAGAAAUUGAAACUUUUCAAGAAAGGGGAUUUUUAGUUAAUCAUUGGAAAGAAUUAGCCGCUAUCGCGGUCAGAGUUAAAAAUAACUUGGGAUUGCUAUGGGAUAAAUAUGAACGCCAACAAUUAAGAAAAGAGAGGGGGCAGGCUGUGGCGAAGGAAGAAGAGGAUACCAUUGCCCGUUUGGAAAAAGAAUUAAGGAGCAAGGACGAGGAAAUUACUCGAUUGAAAACCGAACUAAACAGUAGUUUUACCCCCCGCCGAGCCGCUCCCUUGCCACCGGUGGCGGAGAGUUCGGAAGUAGCCUCCAAACCAAGCUCGGUUCAAACCGAGCGACGGUUCAAAAAAAUAACUGAGUUAGAAGACAAAUUAGCCGAAAAAGACGAAACGAUUAAAUUUUUGAAAAAAACAGUUGAGGAACUCCAAUUAAAAGUCUACAACUACCAACAAAUAAAUAACACUCUACAAAUCGCCAACGGGGAAUUAAGGGAGGUCAAGGAAAGUCUAGCCGAACAAGUAAUUAGGACGAGGGAUAAAAAUCCAUUGGAUGAAGAAUUGGGGGGUUAUUUUCCCCCCAUGUGGGCUGGUGCUACCCAACCGGUUAAGCAAGAUUUUAAGUAUUCUUAUUCCGCCAGUAAUGUAGUGGCUAAACGCAAUUCAGUCACCGCCAGGGGGGGAAGCAAAACCCCGGUUCCUAUCUCCAUUCUUUCGGAUAAUUUUUUUUCCACUCCUGCUCCGCUGACUACUACGGGAAGUAUAACAGAAGAAAAGGACAUUUAUGCGGAAACUUUUGCCUCGGCUAGUUCAGAGAGGAAAGUUAGCAAAAAAAGUUCCGCCGCUUCUUUGACUAUGCCCCCCAUCGUUGAGUCAGACGAGUCCGAACUAAACCACCAGGCAACCCAAACUGGGUCUGGCUCCACUGCCGCUGACCUAGAAAAUAAAAUCACUAACCUAAACAAAGAUUUGGAUGAAACUUUGAGAGAGGUGGAAAAAUUUAGGAAAGAAAACGAAGAGUUGCGGGCGGAAAAUACUAGAUUAAAAGGAAAAGGCUCAGUCUUCGCCACGGGAGGAAUUUCCGACUCUAUUUUCAGUUUAACCAAAGAAACCUUAGCCAAAACCACCCGCCACUACUCUUCCAGCGGCUUCCUCGCUCCGGAUGGUCCUAAACCAGAAAAAAAAGCAACCUUACCAAAGACUCCGGAGGAAGUUUUCAGCGAAUUAAAAGCUAAAAUUAGCAGUUUAGAAAACGAGUUGUCUAACACAAAAUUAGAACUCGACAGUAAACAAGUAGAAAUUACUAAAUUAAGAGAAUUUAUUAAGGAAAAUAUAGAGAAAAAGGCGGAAAAAAAAGAGGAGGUUCGCACUAAGGCCGAGGCGGCGGUCAGGGAAAACAAUCAAUUGCAGAAUGCUCGUUCUGACUUAGAAAGGGAAAAAAACGAAUUAAUUAUUCACGGACGACUCCAAGCAGGAAAAAUUAUUCGCUUGGAAGGAGAAUUAACCAACACCCGAGGAAAAAUUACCACCUUAGAAUUAAACCUUAAAAACCAUGCUGCCACCCUCAAAAAGCAAACUGACACUAUUAAUAAUUUAAAUGGGAAACUAACUGCCGCCCAAACGGAAGUUAACCGAUUAAGCAGUCAACUCAACACCACGGAGGCAGAAUACCAGAAAUUACAAGAGCAAUUAGAAACUGCUGAAACUGCUCUGACUGAUACCCGAAAUGAAUUAAAAGAAAAAGUCCGAUUACAGGAAGAGUCAAGUCGAAAAAUUUUAGAAUUAGAAGGUAGAGUAAGCACCUUAAAAUCAGCUCGGAAUAAAAGAAAAGCCGAGCAAUUAAAAGCAACCAACGAUUUCGAAAAAAGAUUAAAAACCUUAGAAGGCAUUAAUCAAGAACUCUCCGCCGUUAAUAUCCAAUAUAAGUUAGAUUUAGCAGCGGUCAAAAAGGAAAAUAAUCGCUAUUCAAUGGAACUAAGGGCUGCCGCCAGCCAAGGGGAAAAUUUAACCCAGGAAAACCAUAAAUUAAAGAAAAA